AUGAAGAGGUCUCCUCUGUUCACUGGCUUGGUUCGAGAGGUGAGCUUGUUCCUGUGUUUGACUCAGACCGUCCUGGCCAUGGCCCUCCCCAACUCUACACGACUGGAGUCCAUCCUGGAUAAGUACAAGGACAAGGACGAGGAGUGGUGGAGGGCCAGGUCGAGAGGGAGGAGGGCCAUCACUGAAGGAGACAUGCAUCUGAUCCUGAACCUCCACAAUAAGCUGCGGGGUGAGGUCCACCCUCCUGCCUCCAACAUGGAGUACAUGGUUUGGGACUAUGAGUUAGAGAGGAGUGCAGAGCACUGGGCUCAUACCUGCCGAUGGGAACAUGGACCGAGCCACAUGUUGACACAAAUCGGCCAAAAUCUGGGAGCGCACUGGGGCAGGGACCGUCCCCCUACCUUCCAUGUCCAGGCAUGGUAUGAUGAGGUGAGGUACUACAGCUACCCCUACUCACAGGAGUGUAACCCACACUGCCCAUUCAGGUGUUCAGGGCCCGUUUGCACUCACUACACUCAGUUGGUGUGGGCGACUAGCAAUCGUAUCGGCUGUGCCAUCAACGUGUGUUACAACAUGAACGUGUGGGGAAUGAUCUGGACCAAAGCUGUCUAUCUGGUCUGCAACUACUCCCCACCGGGUAACUGGUGGGGUCAUGCCCCAUACAAAUAUGGAGCCCCCUGUUCUGCCUGUCCAGCGAGCUACGCCGGAGGCUGCAGGGACAAUCUUUGCUACAAAGAUGGGGGUGUUGAAAGGCGUCCAGCUCCUGAAACUGAGGAAACCAACUACAUCGAGCCUGAACCAGAGGCUGUGAGGGACAGGGAGCCUGAACCCCGAGCUCAGACACCAGAUCCCUCCCACAAUGACAACCUGGAGAGAGACCGGGUCGUCAGCACAGAACAGAUGAGCCAACAGGUGGAGUGUGAGACUAAACUGAGGGAUCAAUGUAAGGGAACCACCUGUAACAGAUACGAGUGUCCACCUGGCUGCCUGGACAGGCCUGGAAAAGUAGUUGGGACAGGAUAUUAUGACAUGCAAUCCAGUGUAUGUGGUGCUGCUUUACACUCUGGUGUUAUUGACAAUGAUGGAGGGUGGCUGGAUGUGACCAGACUGGGCAGAAAACAACAAUUCACCAAGUCAUAUAAGAAUAGUGUUCAGUCACUCGGAAAAAACAGGAGUGCAAAUUCCUUUAAAGUGGAUUCAGUGCCCGUUAAAGCGGUGACAUGUGAUACCACUGUGGCACUUUUCUGCCCCUUCAAGAAACCUGUCCGACACUGUCCCAGACUCUAUUGUCCCAGGAACUGUUUACGCAACAGCAGAGCUCGAGUCAUUGGGACAAAAUAUUACUCAGAUAAAUCCAGUAUCUGUCGAGCAGCCAUUCAUGCUGGAGUAAUUCAGACUGAGGCAGGAGGGUAUCUCGAUGUGAUGCCUGUGGACAGAAGGAGGCAGUACAUCGGCAGCUACCAGAAUGGUAUCACUGCAGAGAGCCUACUGAACCCGACAGCUGGAAAAGCCUUCAGAGUGUUUGCAGUCAUCUGAGACAAGGACACACAACUGUUACACAUAAUGACCUCACAUCUAACAAACCCACUCAUUAUCAUCCUACAACCUGUAAUACCAUUU